GGAUAACAAAAGCCCGAAAAUAUGCUGCAGAAAAAAUCAAAACAGCAAGAGGAUUUAUUUACCGUCUUGGCCGUUCUAUUACCAGUUCUGCUGUUGAGACUAUUCUCAAAAGCGAGUCACUUGUGCCUACUGUAAAUGCCUUUGCAGAUAGAUUGGGAGAUGAUUUCCGAGUCUUUGACAUGCUUGUUGUUGAUGCUAUGCAUGAAAUUGAAUUGGGUGUAUGGAAAGCAAUAUUUACCCAUAUUGUCCGUAUAUUAUAUGCUUCAGUAGAAGGUAGUCAAGCUGUAGCUAAACUGGAUGCAAGGUUCCGUGAAAUCCCUGCAUUUGGUCAAUCAACAAUUCGACGGUUCUCAAACAAUGCAAGUGAGAUGAAGAAGCUUGCAACAAGGGACCUUGAAGAUUUAUUACAGUGCGCUAUCCCUGGGAUUGAGGGGUUGUUGCCAUCGCCCCAUAACCAAAACAUAACCAGACUUAUAUUCCGCUUGGCUCAAUGGCAUGCAUUAGCCAAGCUCCGCAUGCAUAGAGAAUCAACGUUAGCUAUGCUCAAUGAUGCUACAGUUACCUUGGGCAAAGAACUGCGUAAUUUUUGCAAUGUUACCUGCACUGCUUUUGCAACAAAAGAGCUGCCACGAGAAACUUCCUCUCGUAUGCAACGAGCAAAACAUAAUGCUCUCGGGGAAAUCAUACAGACCAAGGAAUACAAAUACCACGCCGGAAGAAAUUCAACCUUUCAACCUACAAGGUCCAUGCAUUGGGUGAUUAUGUGA